GUUUUUCUUGCAACUCACAAUUCUCGGUUUUUCUUUUUACAUUUUAAAUUACAUAAACACUCUCUCUCGCCUUUUUCAAUGCUUCAAUAAAGGUUUUAAAUGUUGGUGCUGGAUUAUGGUUUCCUUUCUGGAAUUUUAAACUAAAGACAGUGUUUGGUUGCUCAGAAAAUGAACGCAAAAGAGAGGCGGAAAUUUCGAAUUUUACGGUGUGAACUUUUCCAGUGGAGGUUUUUUCUGUUUCGGUGGAAAAAGAUUUUGCUGGAAAUUUAUUUUGAAAUAUUCACUGUAUGGAGGUCAUGAUAGUUUUUAGUAGUGGGAAAAUGAACAUUGAGCUUUGAAUCAAACUAAAAUGUUGAAAAAUAUGGAAAUUCAAAUCUAUACGAUUCUCGGUCAAAUUGGACAACUUAAUAGUCAUUUCCCACCAUCAUCAGUAAGUUCGAGUUUCGGAUUUACUAGUACAUUUGCAUUUGCUUGUUUGAAUGAAAUAAUUUGCUUCAAUUGUCUAAUCGUUUUGAUUGCAUAAUCAUUUUAAAAUGACAAGAGUGCAAUGAUGAUUAUGUGCACUAACGUUUAUGGCAGUGGUUCGAGAAAAAGAUGUGUGUUGGGAAUAUGCUGAGAAACUUGAUGGAAAUAAAGUUAGAUGCAAAUUUUGCCUUAGAGUUUUGAAUGGUGGGAUUAGUAGGUUAAAGCAUCAUCUAUCUCGUCUUCCAAGCAAAGGUGUAAAUCCGUGUAGUAAAGUUAGGGAUGAUGUUACUGAUAGGGUUAGAGCUAUUAUAUCAUCGAAAGAGGAGAUUAAAGAGACAUCUAGUGUUAAGAGGCAGAAGAUUGCUGAAGCUAGAUCCCCUGGAAAUAUAUCCACCAGUAGUAAAAUUAUUGCUUUAGAGGUAUCAUCUCCUGUGGCAAAAGUUUUCCCUGCUGCCUCACCAAUUGCCCCUCCAUCAUUGAACAGCCAAGAAAAUGUGGAGAGAAGUAUCGCUUUGUUCUUUUUGGAGAAUAAGUUGGACUUUAGUGUAGCUCGUUCUUCAUCCUAUCAAGCAAUGAUUGAUGCAGUAGGAAAGUUUGGUCCUGGAUUUACAGGGCCAUCUGUUGAAACCUUGAAGACAACGUGGUUGGAAAGGAUCAAGUCUGAAGUGAGUUUACAAUCAAAAGAUACGGAGAAAGAAUGGGCUACUACUGGCUGUACCAUCAUUGCAGACACGUGGACGGACAAUAAAUCCAGAGCUUUAAUAAACUUCCUAGUUUCAUCACCCUCAAGGACAUUUUUCCACAAGUCAGUAGAUGCCUCAUCAUAUUUUAAGAACACAAAAUGCCUGGCUGAUUUGUUUGAUUCUGUUAUUCAAGAUUUUGGCCCAGAAAAUGUUGUGCAAAUUAUCAUGGAUAGUAGUUUCAACUAUAGUGGUAUUUCAAACCAUAUCUUGCAGAAUUAUGGAACCAUUUUUGUGUCUCCUUGUGCUUCUCAAUGUUUGAAUCUAAUCUUGGAAGAAUUUUCUAAGGUAGAUUGGGUGAAUAGAUGUAUCUUACAAGCACAAACAUUAUCCAAGUUUCUGUACAACAAUGUGUCAAUGCUUGAUUUGAUGAAGAAGUUUACUGGGGAACAGGAGCUCAUAAGAACCGGAAUAACAAAGUCUGUAUCUAGCUUUCUAUCAUUGCAAUCAAUGUUGAAACAGAGGUCAAGAUUGAAGCAUAUGUUUAAUAGCCCCGAGUAUUCAACUAACUCCUCAUAUGCAAAUAAACCACAGAGCAUAUCUUGCAUUGCCAUUGUUGAGGAUAAUGACUUUUGGAGGGCACUAGACGAAUGUGUAGCUAUAUCUGAGCCUUUUCUGAAAGUGUUGAGGGAGGUAUCUGGAGGGAAACCUGCUGUUGGUUCUAUAUAUGAACUAAUGACCAGAGCCAAGGAAUCAAUAAGGACAUAUUAUAUAAUGGAUGAGGGUAAGUGUAAGACAUUUUUGGACAUAGUUGAUAGAAAGUGGCGGGACCAACUUCAUUCACCUCUACAUUCAGCUGGGGCAUUUUUAAAUCCCAGUAUCCAGUAUAAUCAAGAAAUAAAAUUUCUUGGAUCUAUAAAAGAAGACUUUUUCAAGGUUCUGGAGAAACUACUUCCCACUCCUGAGUUAAGACGUGACAUCACCAAUCAAAUUUUUACUUUUACAAGGUCAAAGGGGAUGUUUGCGUGUAAUCUAGCAAUGGAAGCACGAGAUACAGUUUCUCCUGGGCUCUGGUGGGAGCAAUUUGGCGACUCAGCUCCUGUGUUGCAACGGGUUGCUAUUAGAAUUCUCAGUCAAGUUUGCAGCACUUUUACCUUUGAGAGGCAUUGGAGCACAUUUCAACAAAUUCACUCUGAAAAGCGGAAUAAGAUUGACAAAGAAAUAUUGAAUGACCUUGUGUAUAUUAACUACAAUCUCAGGUUAGCAAGACAAAUGAGAACGAAGUCCGUAGAAGCUGACCCUAUUCAGUUCGACGACAUUGAUAUGACCUCAGAAUGGGUAGAGGAAAGUGAGAACCCAAGCCCUACACAGUGGCUUGAUCGGUUUGGUUCAGCUUUGGAUGGGGGUGACUUGAACACGAGACAGUUCAAUGCUGCCAUAUUUGGAAAUGACCAUAUAUUUGGCUUGUGACUGGGUUUGUGCAAGUCUCUGUACCACCUCCUGUUGUUGAGUGAGAAUGCUUGUAACUGUUUAUUGGUAGUCAGUUCCUGCUUGUCAGUUUAAAUUAUUGAAUUAUGUAGUGGCGGUUAUGUAUCAAUUGCGCGCUUUGUAUAUACCAGCCGAUGUUGCUGCAUGAGAAGAAGUUAAUAGUUGUGGUAAUGUUCUCAACUAAAAUCUGUUUUAAAUGAAAUUCAGCAGUCUGUAAUUAUAGUAAAAGGAUUUUUCUA